CGCAGAGCUCGCCUUGGUGAAGUGUCCGUGGUAUAUUUUAUAUGAAAAAAAUGCUCGAGUUUUACACUAACAUCAAUUCGGGAUUGAUGCCGGAGAAUAUCCAGCCGCCGCUCUCGUGUGCUGGGAGGACAGAGCUCAGCGCGAGCAUCAAAAGGGAGAAGAUUGUUGAAAUAUGCGAGGGUUGCGGUCAGAAGAUCCAAGACCGCUACCUGAUGAGGGUCGGUGAACUCUCCUGGCAUGAACAAUGUCUAAGCUGCUGCGUGUGCGGAUGCCCGCUCGCUCACACUUGCUAUACAAGAAAUGCCAAACUGUAUUGCAAGCCUGACUACGACAGAUUGUUCGGCGUCAAAUGCACCCGUUGCGGCGACAGAUUGCUCCCCCAGGAGAUGGUUAUGCGAGCACAGCAAUACGUGUUCCACAUACAAUGCUUCGUCUGCGUAAUGUGCUGCCAACCGUUGCAGAAGGGUGAACAAUACGUCAUAAGAGCCGGACAGAUCUUCUGUAGGCAAGACUUCGAAAAGGAGAUGUAUUUGAUGCAACACGCUGAAGACGAUAUGAUAAUAGACGACUCCGAACGCCCCAGAGACGGCAGGCGCGGCCCGAAGCGACCGCGGACUAUCCUCACGUCAGCCCAACGGAGACAAUUCAAAGCUUCGUUUGAAGUCAGCCCCAAACCGUGUCGCAAAGUCCGCGAGGCUCUUGCGAAAGACACAGGACUGAGCGUUCGAGUAGUCCAAGUGUGGUUUCAAAACCAAAGGGCCAAGAUGAAAAAGAUUCAACGCAAAGCAAAGCAAGAGGGCGAUAAGAGCGUUGACAAAGAGAAAGACAAGGACGAAAAGAGUAUUAAACAGGAAUCGCCUUCGAGUGAAAAUGGAAACUACUUGGGUUUAGACACAUCGUAUUCGGCGUCAAGUCAGCCGCUCAACCCUAAUCUCCCUUAUUCACCUGAUGAUUACCCAACGCACUCCGGCGACAGCUUUUGCAGUUCGGACAUAUCCCUGGACGGCAGCAACUUCGACCAGCUCGACGAAGGCGCUUCAGACACGAUGAGUCUACAGAACCUUGAAGUACCACACCACGCCCAUCAACACGGCAACCAUUCCUUACACGAGCCCCUUAACCUCGGCACGGGGGCGGUGGUGAACCCAAUAGAUAAGCUGUAUCUAAUGCAGAACUCAUAUUUCAGUACGGAUCACUGAUUCUCUGAUGGCGCUAUCCGUAAACUUGAUACGAGACAGCGCAUAUAUCCCAAAGACUUUACGAAGUGUACAGAAACAAAAACUAGUCAAUCCACCACUGUAACUAACGUCCAAAAUACGGUAUUCGGACACGGUUUUUAUUCGACUUUGUAAAUAUAUAAAUAGUUCUGUAACGUGUCGUGUUGGUGUCGUGACCAUAGAGCUAAGAUACAUUUUCACAAAUCGACAGACGCGUAAGUUUCGAAUUCGUCCUCGUCUCUCUUUAUACA